ACCAUAACAAAAAGAAAGACAAGUUGUUAUUGUGUUGAUGUAAUGUCAAAAAGUUUAUCCGGCUGAUUCAUUCUUCUAUCAGUCACAAUAUUUUUUUUACGUGUGCAACGAGAUCAAUAUAUUGCUAGACCUUUAAAGAAGGUCGUCACUUCGCUUUUGAGUUUGUAUUCAAAGAACAGAACAUCACGAUGCGUCUGUUAAGUUCAAUUUUCUUUUUACUGGCUACGAUUUACGCCGUUAGCUCAGCUUUUGUCAGAGUACCUUUAAUCAAAGACAAAUCAUCCAGGAGGACUUUGCAAGAGGUCGGAACACACGUUCAGCAAGUGCAGUUCAGAUAUGGGGGCCCGCAACCUGAACCGUUAUCUAACUAUAUGGAUGCCCAAUAUUACGGACCAAUUUCUAUUGGAAAUCCUCCGCAAAAGUUCAAGGUAGUUUUUGAUACCGGUUCUUCCAAUCUAUGGGUGCCAUCAAAGAAAUGCCAUUUCACCAACAUUGCCUGCUUGUUGCACAACAAAUACGAUUCUAUGGCUUCCAAGACAUACAAAGCUAACGGUACCGAUUUUGCCAUCCACUAUGGCUCAGGAAGUUUGAGCGGAUUUUUGUCUACCGAUAUUGUCAACCUUGGCGGUAUGGAUGUUAAAGAUCAAACAUUCGCUGAGGCCAUGAGCGAACCAGGUUUAGCUUUCGUCGCUGCCAAAUUCGAUGGUAUUCUCGGCAUGGGUUACAGCAACAUUGCCGUUGACGGUGUUCCUCCAGUUUUCGAUAAUAUGCUUGCUCAAGGCUUGAUUUCCGAUCCGAUCUUCUCAUUCUACCUCAACAGGGACCCGCAAGCCGCCGAUGGUGGUGAAAUUAUCUUUGGUGGUUCCGAUCCGGCACACUACAAGGGCGAGUUCACGUACUUGGAUGUCGAUAGGAAAGCCUACUGGCAAUUCAAAAUGGACAAAGUCAAGAUCGGCGACAAGACGUUCUGCGCCAAAGGAUGCGAAGCAAUUGCCGAUACCGGUACUAGUCUUAUCGCAGGUCCUUUAGAUGAAAUCACCGCUAUCAACAAAGCGAUCGGCGGUACACCCAUCGUCGGUGGAGAGUACAUGAUCGAUUGCACCCUGAUUCCAAAAUUACCAACCAUCGAUUUCGUAAUGGCCGGCAAAACUUUCACGCUGGAAGCUAAAGAUUACGUAUUGAGAGUCGCUCAAAUGGGCAAAACCAUCUGCCUUUCCGGAUUCAUGGGUAUCGAUAUUCCGCCACCGAAUGGACCAUUGUGGAUCUUGGGUGAUGUUUUCAUCGGGAAGUUUUACACUGAAUUUGAUAUGGGCAACAACAGGGUCGGCUUUGCAGAGGCUGUAUAAGUUUGCCAUAUAAUUUAUGUUUAUUUAGGCUAAGAAUCAAAGAAAUGAGCAAAUAGUGAUAGUGUGUUCAUUUUACUUUAGUUCAAUUUCAACGCUGUCUCGAAUAAAC